GGGAGUCUGCGAUGGUUCUUCUGCCGUCACUUACACUGCAGAAACGAAAAAACUAAUAAAUACAUUUGAAAAUUCUGCUGUGCUUUGGCGCUUAUAAAAAGGACAGAGUUUCAAUGGAAUCAACUACCAGUGCUCUCGCUCACCUCCACAGAACUCCUCCUCUUAUUUCUAGGGUUUUGAGAUCGCCAUUGAAUCUGCAGAAGAAGCCCAGCUCCUUCAAGCAUUCCAUUCUCUUCCCGUCUUAUCAGCUUCGAUUCUUCAGAAGGGAGAGGUAUAGAAAAAUUUUGAACGGUGAAAGGUUAGGAGCUAAAAUGGCUGAAUAUGGAGGGGAGGUCACUGCAGAGGCCACUUCUGUAAAUAUGGUUUUCGAACCUAUCCUCGAGGAGGGGGUUUUCCGGUUUGAUUGUUCUGGAAAUGAUAGGGAUGCAGCAUAUCCGAGUCUUUCUUUUGUAGAUCGUAAAGUGAGGGACAUGGCAAUUGCUAUUCACAAGGUUCCUGAGUAUGUUCCAACUUUUGAGCGACUGCAUGGGCAACAAAUUGUUUGCAUUGAGCUUCCUACCGGUACUUCUUUGUACGGAACAGGUGAAGUCAGUGGACAGCUUGAGCGAACUGGAAAGAGAAUAUUUACCUGGAACACAGACGCCUGGGGUUAUGGUUCAGGUACUACCUCGUUGUACCAGUCACAUCCUUGGGUCCUAGCUGUUCUUCCAAAUGGAGAAGCCUAUGGGGUUCUUGCUGACACAACUCGACAUUGCGAGGUUGACCUGCGGAAGGAAUCGACAAUAAAGUUUAAAUCUGCAGCUGCCUAUCCAGUCAUUACUUUUGGUCCUUUUGCUUCACCGACAGCAGUCCUGAUAUCCCUGUCUCAUGCAAUUGGGUCGGUAUUUAUGCCUCCAAAAUGGUCUCUAGGCUAUCAUCAAUGUCGUUGGAGCUAUGAUUCAGAUGCAAGAGUUCUUAAGGUUGCCAGAACAUUUCGAGAGAAGGGGAUACCUUGUGAUGUCAUAUGGAUGGACAUUGACUACAUGGAUGGUUUUCGCUGUUUUACUUUUGACAAUGAGCGUUUCUCUGAUCCAAAAUCUUUGGUGAAUGACCUUCAUAUUAAUGGUUUCAAAGCAAUCUGGAUGCUUGAUCCUGGAAUCAAACGUGAAGACGGUUACUUUGUUUAUGAUACUGGUUCUGAAAGUGAUGUCUGGAUUAAAACAUCAGAUGGAAAACCUUUUGUUGGGGAUGUAUGGCCUGGGCCUUGUGUUUUUCCUGAUUUUACACAAGAGAAAACCCGUCUGUGGUGGGCUAAGUUAGUCAAGGACUUCGUUUCUAAUGGUGUCGAUGGCAUAUGGAAUGAUAUGAACGAACCUGCUGUUUUCAAGACUACAACAAAAACAAUGCCAAACAGCAAUAUCCACAAUGGAGAUACUGAAGUUGGUGGUUGUCAGAAUCACUCUUAUUAUCACAAUGUCUACGGCAUGCUUAUGGCAAGGUCUACAUUUGAAGGAAUGAAAAUGGCUGCUGGUAAGAAACGCCCCUUUGUUCUCACUAGAGCUGGGUUUAUAGGUAGCCAGAGGUAUGCUGCAACAUGGACUGGAGAUAACCUAUCAAAUUGGGAGCAUCUACACAUGAGUAUAUCCAUGGUGCUUCAAUUGGGACUCAGUGGUCAGCCAUUAUCUGGACCGGACAUUGGUGGGUUUGCUGGAAAUGCAUCACCUAAGCUUUUUGGAAGAUGGAUGGCAGUGGGUGCUAUGUUUCCUUUUUGCCGUGGGCAUUCUGAAACUGGUACCAUUGACCAUGAGCCAUGGUCUUUUGGUGAAGAGUGCGAAGAAGUAUGCCGUUUGGCAUUGUUGCGACGCUACCGACUUAUACCACACAUAUAUACUCUUUUCUAUAUGGCUCACACCAAGGGUACACCUGUUGCAGCUCCUACUUUUUUUGCUGAUCCAAAAGAUCCUAGUUUGAGGAGAGUUGAAAAUUCAUUCCUUUUGGGGCCACUCCUUGUAUGUGCAAGCACUGUUUGUGAUAAAGGAUCAUAUCAAUUGCAGCAUAAGUUGCCCGGUGGCAUCUGGUUGCGUUUUGAUUUCGGCGACACACAUCCUGAUUUACCAACACUAUAUUUGCGAGGUGGAUCGAUAAUUCCUGUGGGUUGUCCUAUUCAGCAUGUUGGGGGAGCAAAUGCAACUGAUGACUUGUCGCUCUUUGUCGCGUUAGAUGAAUAUGGUAAAGCAGAAGGUGUUCUCUUCGAGGAUGAGGGUGAUGGAUAUGAAUUUAAUCAAGGGGGAUACCUCUUGACCUAUUAUGCAGCUGAAGUUCAAUCUUCAGUUGUUACGGUAAAGGUUUCCAAAACUGAAGGAUCAUGGAAGAGGCCAACACGUGGUCUACAUGUUCAUUUAUUGCUUGGAGGAGGUGCCAAGCUUGUUGCCUCGGGCACUGAUGGAGAGGAGCUGAAGAUUAAAAUGCCUUCUGAAGCUGAGGUGUCUAACUUAGUAACGACAAAUGAGAAUCAGUACAUAACACUUUUAGAAACUGCCAAGGGUAUCCCAGACAUAGAAGAGCUUCCAGGACAAAAAGGAGUAGAACUCUCAAAGACUCCUGUUGAACUGAAGAAUGGUGAUUGGUUUCUUAAAGUGGUGCCUUGGAUUGGGGGUCGAAUGAUCUCCAUGAUGCAUCUCCCUUCUGGGACUCAAUGGCUUCACUCCAGGGUUGAAAUUAAUGGUUAUGAAGAAUACAGUGGAGUUGAAUACCGAUCUGCUGGAUGCACCGAGGAGUAUACAGUGAUUGGGCGGAAUCUUGAGCAAUCAGGAGAGGAGUCUCUUACCUUAGAAGGAGAUAUUAGCGGCGGAUUAGUAUUUCAGCGCCAGAUAUCUAUUCCAAGAGAGAAUCCCAAGGUUCUCCAGAUCAAUUCUGGCAUUAUAUCUCGCAGUGUUGGUGCUGGUUCAGGUGGAUUUUCAAGGUUGGUUUGUUUGCGAGUGCACCCAACGUUCGAUCUUUUGCACCCGACGGAAGUUUUUGUUGCAUUCGUUUCAAUCAAUGGGACUAAGCAUGAGAUUUGGCCUGAAUCAUGCGAGCUAUAUUUUGAGGAGGAUCUCCGGCCUAAUGGGGAAUGGAUGCUGGUUGACAAGUGUGCAGGCUUGAGUUUGGUUAAUCGCUUCAACAUUGAUGAGGUUGAGAAGUGCAUGAUCCACUGGGGGACAGGAACGGUUAACUUGGAGCUGUUUUCCAAAGAGCGGCCCGUUUCAAAAGAGACUCCCCUGACACUGUCUCAUGGAUAUGAGGUGAAGCCAAUCUCAUAGAGUCAUGGUUUUGGAGAUGUGUAAGGAGGUUUUGAUUUCUCUAUUUGGAAAUAUGAGCCUUACGAAGGGACAGGAUUUGUAUCACACUCUCGGAAAUAAAAGCGACUGCUCAGGGCUGUAGCUCAAUGGUGGAUGGGGCAUUUGUUGCUGGAAAAGUUCACUCCCGGCCUGAAAAGUAAAUGUUGAAAUUCUUGGCUAUAAAGGUAAGGGCAUAUUUAGGGUUUAA